CCAAGGAGAGCCACUCGUGUUGAGCCAUUCUCAGGAACGAGUCCUUUGAACUGCACACAAGCAAGAGGAGGAAACUGCAGCUAUUACUUAAAACACUGCUUUUUGAUGACCUGCUUUGCAUUUGGACAGUUGUAGACCAGAUUUUUUGGUGUUUCAGCAGAGGGUGGGCAAGCUUCUGGACUCAAACUCGAAGACAGAGCAAGACUCACCUGAGCACACUGGUGGAUAUCGUUCUUGCAACUAUUCAUUCCAACAUAACAAAAACUAGUCCUUAUCACCACUACAUUUGCCAGUUGGCAGAUCAAGAGCAGGCUCCAAUUUCUGCGCUGUGAAAUUGAAUCAGAGGAACGGAGAGCAAUACAGCAGAGGCUUUGUGUCCCUGCAAUUGAAACACUAACCAGCUGAAAAUAUCAAAGACCAUCCUGGACAAAGCGUUCUUCUCAAACCUCCCUUGUUUGUUUAAAAUCUGCUGUUGAAGUAUAAAGUGAUCAAAAGCCGCAUAACACUCAGAGAGGAGAGGGAGGCUAAGGGGACCAUAUACAAGGGAAAAGGAUUGUGUGCAGGUGCCGGGGCUGCCAUGGUGCGUGGAGGUGGCAUGGCAGUAGUUCCAUCCUGCAGGAGCCUGUGGGUGUUUGGUGUCCUGUCGCUGGUGGCGCUGUGCCUGUCAGACCAGGCCAUUCGCUGUCCAGUGUGCUCUGAGGAGAGGCUGGCCAGCUGCCGUCUGCCGGAAGGCUGCGAGGAGACGGUGCGGGAGCCCGGCUGUGGCUGCUGCCCCACCUGCGCCCUGCCUAAAGGGGCGCACUGUGGCGUCUACUCACCCCGAUGUGGCACAGGCCUCCGCUGCUACCCGCCACGUGGUGUGGAGAGGCCACUGCACUCACUGAUGCACGGCCAGGGGGUGUGCACCGAUGAGCGGGAGGUGGAGGAGAACUCAGCGGUGGACAGGCAGGAUGAGAUCAUCCCAGAGCACCCAAACAACAGCAAUAUCCGGUGCAGUCCACAAGACAAACGCUGCAUACAGAAGACCCUGGCCCGACACCCUCCUAAAUCCACAAAUCAGAGAAGCAACACCGCCAGGGAGGAGACUAAGGCAGCACUGGCUCCAUGUCGUGCUGAGCUACAAAGAGCACUGGACAGAUUGGCAUCAAAUACCCGCACACAUGAUGAUCUCUUUACAAUCCCUAUACCCAACUGUGACAAGAACGGGGAUUUCCAUGCUAAACAGUGUCAUCCUGCACGUGACGGCCAGCGGGGAAAGUGCUGGUGUGUGGAUCAGAAGACAGGCAUGAGACUGCCAGGGCCAUUGGAGCAGCGAGGGGAUCUGGACUGCCACCAGUUAAUGACUGCCACCCUGAGGGACUGAGAAGUGAGAAAUGGCAUUGGGGGUGCAGGACCAGCUGAAUUCUACUGGUGCUUAGUAGCAGAACUACAUGAGGAAAGGACUUUGCCCUAAAGCCUCGCUUCACCUGAGGCCACCGGUACUUGACCUUGCGCAACAAAAAGGAAAACAUUGAAUUGAGUUCUUCUGCUAUUUUGUUUCUGUGUGUGACAGUAUGAUCUCUGAGUCUUUUAAGCACUUGUUGUGUAUUGUUUCUACUAUGUGAACCUAAGUCUUUAGACAGAUGCGCUUUAAAGUAACAGGUGGCAGAAAAAAAAACUUCCACAGAUAAGAGUUGUAGUUGUGAUCUUUGUUAGAGAGCAAAAUCUGUUAUUUUCUCUAGUCUAACUUCAGUGUAGUAUUCUUGAAAAGUUACAAGAAAAGGCAUCAACCCCACUAGAUAGUCAGACUUGAGACAAAACAGGGGAUGUUAGUAUUUGUUUUAUUCUUUCUGGAACACUGGAUCAGUUGGAAUUACUGCAUCAGGACAAUCCAGAAAGAUUCUCAACUAAAGGAAUUAGUAUUAGUUUUUCACACAAUACGUGUAAGUACUUGUAAUGUGUGGCUCCUACACUGUCCCAUAUGUUGCAAACUCCACCCAUCUGGUAAGUUGGUAAAAACAAACCAUAAAAUGUGUUUGCAAACACAAAGUCUAGUUCAGCAACAACACAAGGUAGCAAUAAAAGAUGUGAUGAGAACAAUAGAUAAAAAGAAAAAAGAAAAAAGAAAAAGGAAAAAGGGGUAAGAAAGGAAUGCAACAGCCCCCUGAUUUGAGUUAUCAGAUGAUAAGCCAUAGCUUUUCACAACAUGGACACCAAAGUGAAAAGCAAUACUCAUUUGAAAAACUGUAUCUCUGAAAGCCCGGAAUAGGUUUGCUCCAUCACCCAAUGGUUAACUCUGCAUCCCCCUCUCUUUGCCAACAAGCUCUCUCUAGCAUUGUGGUCCAGAAGGUCUGGCAGUGUAGCUGGGCUACAAACUCUGUACACUGCUGAUAGGAUAAUCUUAUUUUUCCAGCUGGUGCUAAGAUGCCAGUGUGACUCUCAUGUUUGUAUGAAUAUGUUUCAACAUACAGGAUUUCUCUCCAAACAGACUGCUUGGCAGAUCUUUGGUGGUGCUAUAUACUGACUGUGCCAAAAUACAAAACAAAAAUGGCUUCUGCACUUUUUGGGCAUUGUCUAAGGAUUGGAACAGAAGACUGAGAUUUUCAGGAAGUGGCGCAAUUAGCAUCAGCAAGUGUGAGGAUCACUUCUAUGUGUGACCAUCUGCACUAGCUAUUGACAAAGGCUUUCCAUGUAUGUUUUUAUGUUAUUGUCAAAAUAUGAAAGUAACAUAACUCAUUAGCUUUGCACUAUCAUUACAGCUAAUUGGCUGAAUGUUUCAUUGGCCAGUAUUGUAAACUGCUGGCAGAUGUUUUAAAUAUACAAGCAGAGUGUAAUAACUUGUGAUGAUUAUGGCAGCAAUGCAACCUCUAGCUAACAUGAAGCUUUGAAUAGAGGACUUUGGUGUAGCAGUAAAGACAACAGAAUGAUCAUGGGGAAACCAGAAUUUCCUCUGUUAAUCUGACAUUGCUAGUUAUCGGUUUUCAUAUCAUCUGUAGGGCAUCACACAUACAAUUAAAGGAGUGUAUUACCAGUGUAAGUGACAUGGCUACUCCUGGUAAUAUUCUUGUAGCAAUCUGAUUGUAUUAGUGGAAUGCAUAACUUGUUUGGGGUAGAGUAGCAGGUUUAAGCUAAUGCUGGUGUUUCUCAUCAUCAGAUAUGGACAACCUGCUCUAUCUGGUCCACGAGACACUUUGGUUAUUAUAUUAUAUUACUCAAGAAAAGAUUCAUCGUGUGGAUGGAUGGUCAUUAUUGAUGUUGGAUGCCUGGGUUUGAGUUCACUAGUGAAGAGGGAAAACAGCAUAGAAAGUCAGGUCAAUUCCACACUGAUUACAGUGUAGUACUAUCAGAUUUGUUGAAAAGAAAAAAGACAGACUCACAGCCACUGUCAUACAGUGGAUUUUUUUACUCUUUUUGUUUUCUAUGUCUCCACACUUUGAUUUUACCUCAGUAUUAGUUAAGCUUUAAAAAACCGUUUGAAUGCUACACACUGAUGGGUGGUCAAUGGCUAACUCCAUUAUUUUUUAACCUGGGACUCAUAUUACCAUGUUUUUGGGUGUGAAUGACUGACAGAGACAAAAAUCUUCAGAAUAGAUGCAGUGCAGUUCCCACAUUCUGUGAGCAAGAAUGGUAUAACUGGCCACUGCAAACAGCAGCUGCAAUGUAAUCCAAUGAGCAACUGUCCUCCUCAAAGUACAUACACUAAUGUGCCUGAUAGACUCAGAAUGUUAUUAUGAGAGUCUGACAACAUGACGGAAAGGCUACCUACAGAGACAGACUUUUUUAUUCAAGUAAGAUCCUUUUUGGUUAACCAGAAACAUAACUAUCAAUCCCUACCAGACUUCACUGACAAAAACAGUCAUUUUACAGAGCACAACACAGGAGUUACUGGAACACCACUGCCUCGAUUGUAUUGUUUGUUUGUGUUAUUGUAUGGUACUUUUACUAAUGUAACGGAUGUGAAUACUUCUUCCACCACUGAAAGUCAUACAAUAAGACAAACAAGGCAGCAGUACUCCAACAGCUCUCGUGUUCUGUGACAUCAAAUGACCAUGAUAGCCCAUUACAGUGUUCUUGCUCAAUAUUGAACCCAUUCCAAAGAUUUUUGUCCCCCUCAAUCAUUUACAUUCAAAAACCAAGUUCAAGGUUCAAAAAUAACAGUUAUACAUUAAUUUAGCUCCACACAGAAAUAAGUGAAUGACAUUAUAAUUAUGUGUUAUUAUUAUUAUUAUUAUUAUUAUUAUUAUUAGUACGCAUUUUCUGCACAUUUUCUCACACCGAAUUUGGUCUAAUCUUGCAGUAGAAUAUGCAUGUAAAGAGAAAAAUCAUCUAACUCUCCUAUUUGUUUAUUGUGCAAGGUUUUAAAAGUAGUUGCUCUUGCCCAGUAAUCUCAACCCUUGCUAACAGCUGAUAUGAGCCAGCUCAUCCCCAAAAUAAAUCUGACAAAUAUUCUUGUUUUCAAUAGACUGAGGGUUUUUCUGAUCUCUCCUGCAUUCUGAAGGUGAUUGAGGUUAUGAGAGUGAAAUUCUACAGGAUUAAAACCAUCCUUCUACUACUUGUACACAUAAAACAUUGAUGAUUUUGCUACAAAACUCACUUAAGAAACUGAGAUAAAUAACGUAAAGAAAAUUACAAAUAUUCACAACCUGUAAUCUUAAAUGAUAAUAUAUAAUUCAAACAAAAAUCAUCAAAGGUAACUCCUCUUCUUGUCUUUGUGUUAACCUAGUUAGCCUAGUGUUAGCCAGUUUUAUUCCUCAAUGUAGAAGAAAUGUAUCCAAAGGAAGUGCACCAAAACACAGACAGAUAGAAAGAAGAUGGUCUGAGUGGAGAAUCAUUGCUACAGCUUAAAAAAAAACAAACAUCAAAAACCAAAUAUCCUAAUAAUCGUUCCAAAGACUACAAAGUAUCUGGAGACGUCAAUACUCAUUCAGUGAACUGCAUGCACACAAGAAAGUUCCAGCACAAUCCUAUCUUAUCAUUCAUCAGCUAAUGAAGUGUCACUAAACACAUUCAAACACAUUUCUUUGCUAAAUCAUCUUAAUCUUUGAGAGAGAUGGCAAUGGUUUCGGCUUUGAUUUUGUAAAGGCCUUCUAACUACAUAAACUGUGUAUUUGAGCUAUAGUACAUUGCUUGAUCUCUGACUUUGCUGUACUGGACUGUAAUUGCAUUUCCUGAGAAUAGACUGUUCCUUUUUGCCUUUGAUAUUCUCUGUUAAUAUGUAGAAGAUAUGAAGUAAUGUUUGCAUGCAUCCAAAUGGACUGGGGUAGGGAACAGCUAUGGUCUUGUGUAUCUCGUCCAGAACAGGACUGUUAUAUUCAAACACUGAAGUGAUCAAAGAACUGAAAUAUAGAGUUUAAACCGAUGAAAUAAUCAGUUACAUUGUAAAUGUUUACCUGAUGAAAAUGUACACAUUGUAAUAAAUCAAUUAAAAACACUUUAGAAACUAUAA